UUACGCGCAGGUUUUAAUAAACCCUCGAACCACCUUCUUUUUUUUUUAUGCUUCAUUUGCAGAAGCGGAUGUAUUUGACUAAAAAGGCGAGUCGGCACCUGUUCAGAUGGCUGAUGUCGAACUUUUUUACUUUGAUCACCUGAGCCGCCGACCUGAACCGAAAGGCGCGUCCGUGAUUCUAUACGGCAUAACCGGGGAAAGUGGAACCUGGCACCGUCACGAGGUUUCCCCACCGCGGACAGAGACUAGAGCAGCCGCCAGCAAAGGAAAUAAAUCAGCCGCCUGGACAGAGACAAAGCUGAACGAUAAACUACAAAGAGCUUCAGAACCACGGACAGAGACAAAGACGGACGAAGAACCAUGGAGAGCUUCAGGAGCAUGGACAGAGACCAAGCUGGAGGACAAACUACAGACAGCUUCAGGACUAUGGACAGAGACAAAGGAGGACGAAGAACCAUGGAGAGUUUCAGGACCACGGACAGAGACAAAGACGGACGAAGAACCAUGGAGAGCUUCAGGAGCAUGGACAGAGACAAAGCUGGAGGACAAACCACAGACAGUUUCAGGACCAUGGACAGAGACAAAGCUGGAGGACAAACCACAAAGCGAUUCAGCCUCAUGGGCAGAGACGAGGCUGGAGAACCAAACGGAAACUUUUUUUUCCUACAGACACCAGUCUGAAGAAGAUCUCCAUCUCCAAACAUGCAGAGUGAGUCACUGCUUUCCAAGCACCUUCUACGAGGAGGAGAGGAUGGAGGAGCAGGAGGAGGAGAUCCCAGAACUUUAUUUGCUGUCUGAUGAAGACCUCUCCUCUGAUGGCUCAGGGAAGUCUGUGGAUUAUGGCUUCAUUAUUGCCGUCUCUUGCCUGGUCACUGGCAUCUCUUUGGUGGCCAUCUCCUACUCAGUCCCCAGGGACAUCCAGGUGGACCGGGACAGUGUGUCCGCCAGGGAGAUUGAAAGGCUGGAGUGGGGCAAAGCCCAGCUAGGAGCUCACCUGGAGCAGUGUGUCAUCGCGGGGCUGUGUCUGCUCACCCUUGGUGGUGUUUUGCUCUCCACCCUGCUCAUGAUCUCCAUGUGGAAAGGGGAGAUGAUUCGGAAGAAAGCCUUUGCAUAUUCCAAACAGGCAGCAAACUUAUACGGAUCGAUGAGUUUGAGAACAAGCUCCAGCCCAGCUCUGGGGUCCUCCUCACAUGUGUCAGAGGCUAAUGAAGAUUUAGAAGUGCUCAGCUGAAUUUCAGGACAGGGAACCUAAGAAGUACCCAGAACCUGUGAAAACUACUCGGGCACUCUGAGCUUGAAUACCUCCACCAGUGACAAAGCUGAGAGGUUCAUUUUUUACAAUGCAGCAGCUUCACCAACAUC